AUGAGUAUUUUUCAAAGAGUCAAGAAAUUCUUACCAAAGAGAAUCAGAGACAUAAUGAUUCCACAGGAUGAAGGUUUAUUCCCAAGCAGUUAUCGUUUCCCAUCACCAGGUUCACAAGCUCCACCAGAAGUCACAAAUAAACAAUUCGUUAAAACUCGUCCAUUAACCAGAGUUUACAAAUUUUUAAAGAAAAGAGGUGAAGUCCUUUCCAUGAGACCAGCACCAAAAUAUUUAGAUAAUACCCCAUUCGAACAAGAAGAACUCACACCAAAAGAAAAAAUUGAAAAAGACUAUUACGAAACUCAACCAUUCAAACUUACACCACCAAGAAUCUUAAAUAAUAAAGUUUUCUUCCAAAAUGAAAAAAUUAUUGAAGGUUUUGAUAUUAGAAAUAUUAAAAGUCUCCAAAAGAACAUGGGUAGAAUAGAAAACCCAUAUGGUGUUCAAUUCGAUAGAGUUGUUCUUGACAUUAAAGAAUCUGAAAUUGAUACUGACACACCAAUUCCAAAAACCACAAACAAUAUUUUCUAAAUUCAAUAUAAUAUUUUAAAUAAUAAUAAUAAUAGUAGAAUAGUAAUUUUAUAAGCUACAAAAGAAAAAAAGAAAAAAAAAGAUGGAAUAAUUUUCAGUUUCAAUGUAAAAAAAAAACCAAUAAUAAAAAAUUUAAAAAAAAAAUUAAAAAUUAAAAAUAAAAACUAAUAAUAAUCUUUAACAAUAGU